AUGAAAUAUAUGCCUCGAUUGAAAAGAGACGAAGUAGGAGUCAGUGUGUGUCCAUAUCAUCUGUUUACUUGUCCUCGUCGACAAAGCCAGAAGAGACGGAAAGAGAUAUUCGCCGUAAGGUGAGCUACAGUACUUCGUCCAAAAUUCCUUUACACCUUUAAUUAAUAAACAAUCUUUUUAGAUGUAUAUAUUUAAUUUAUAUAGAUUUUUCAUGCAAAGUAUGGUGAGUCGUCAACUCAGAGUAGUGGCGAAACAAGUCAAGUGACAGACCCGGAAAAUAUCGACCAGGAACACCCAGAUGUCAUGGAGAUGGACGUAUGUAUUUAACAUGAGUGUUUUAAUAUAUUCAUGGCAAAUAGGUAUAGUAACUUAGUAUUCUAAACAUAUAUUUUAAUAUUUUGUCAACUUCUAAUUUUGUUCUGCCACUGAUAAUGAGAACAAGUAUAAAGUUUUAGCAUCUUUUUAUGCUGUUAUAGAUGCAAGUUGAUAUAGAAACUGCUCCCAUUACCAUGAAAGGAGAUAGGUAUAAAUGACUUUAAUUAACAUGUUUAACCAAACAAUUUAUAUUUACCAGCCUAUGGUUACGAUUAGUAUUGCAUGACAUCUUUGUUGGCAAAUGAACAUUCAACCAAGAUAUUACCCAUUGACAUUAGGCCAAUUAGGUGUGACAAAAUAGCCUAAUAUGCCCACUGUGUGUAACUUGUUUGCUGUCAUAUCUAUAUAUUAAUUAUCUAUUAAUUUUUCUAGAGCUUAUGUCAAUGAUUACAACAUGCGAACAGAACCCAAAUUCAUUUUAUGUUUAUCUCAACUAAUGCUCCUGUUUCAAAUCUGCCCAUUAUGCAGAAGCCCUAAUCCACUGGUUGAUGUACAGCAUUGUGGUACAAUGGCUAAAGUUGUGACAACGUGUCCUAAUCAAGGCUGUGGAUCAAAUGUGUGGGAUAGUCAACCAAAUAUGGUUGGUACCAAAAUCCCUGCUGGGAACUUCCUUUUAUCAUUCGCAAUCCUUGUUGCUG